UUUAGGGGGAAGGAUAGGAAAGCUAGAUGAAAAAGGCGAUUCUCCACCUCAAUUGCUACUUACCCUUAAUCAUUGAAUAGGUUCAACUUCAGGGAAACUGAGACCUGCAAAAGACCUUAGCUUAAAAAGGCCAGGAUCUCCCAUUUGGGGGUCAUCUCCAGUACUCCAGAUCCCUGUCUGGACACUGGACCCAGCUGGCUUUGGAGGGGAAAGUGAAGCGGGUGAUCUUGCCCAGCCCUUCCUCCCUUAAAUCCAGUUUACUUGCAUGUCAUGUCAUCACCUCCCUGAUGUCUUGGUCCUCUUUGAGAACGAAGGACAAACAACAACAGUUAGCCUAGAGAGCUGUAUAUCUGGCUUGGAAUCCUGGCUCCACAGUCUCCAUGGUGAUUCCAGGAUUCCAUUGCCUAGAACCGUCUAGAACUGAAAAGACAAAAGGAAUAGACCAGAACAAAACCCCAGACACAUUUCUUGGAAGACCACAGAGUCUAAAAGAUAGCCCUUCCCCCUAUCUCCUAUAAGCUCACUUCAUGGCAUCCAUGUUGUGGGUGAACUUGGAUCUUCACCCAGAAGAGGAUGCAGAGGUGACUAGAUCUGAUUGGAGCCAGGAGAAGAAACUAUGGGACAGUUUGCAGCUAAAUUAUUUUCAAAGAAAAGCAGCUCUUCUACAGUGGCUUGCAUAGAUUCGAGCAUGGAAAAUUUGGACAACAGAAAAGAGGUGGUUCUUCUGGCCUGUGGCUCUUUUAAUCCCAUCACCAUCAUGCACCUGCGACUAUUUGAGCUGGCCAAGGACUACAUGAAUGAGACAGGACAAUAUAAUGUUAUUAAAGGCAUCAUUUCCCCUGUUGGUGAUGCAUAUAAGAAGAAAGGCCUGAUCAGUGCCCAACACAGAAUCAAGAUGGCAGAGCUUGCCACCCAAUCCUCCAAAUGGCUGGAGGUAGACACCUGGGAAAGUUGCAGUAAGGACUGGCUAGAGACAGCCAAAGUGCUGAGCUACCAUCAGCAGAGACUGGAAGCUGAGAACUUUGACAGUAGCACCGUGAGCCCUCCUUCCCCAAUACUUCCUGGAGGGAAGAGGAAGAGGAUUGAUGACACAGAUGCAGGUGAACCGAAGCCCUCAGCACCACCAAAAAAGGGUCCACCAGAGUUAAAGUUGCUAUGUGGGGCAGAUUUUCUGGAGUCUUUUGCUGUUCCCAACUUGUGGAAACCGGAGGACAUUGCCACCAUUGUGGCAAAGUACGGGCUUGUGUGCAUCACCCGGUCUGGAAAUAACACCAAGAAGUUUAUCUACGAGUCAGAUGUUCUUUGGAAGCACAGGAGCAACAUUCACCUGGUGAACGAGUGGAUCACCAAUGACGUCUCGUCCACAAAGAUUCGGCGCGCUCUGAGGAGAGGCCAGAGUGUCCGCUACCUGGUGCCCGAGGCGGUCCAGCAGUACAUCGAGAAGUACAAUCUGUACAGUACAGAGAGUGAGGACAAUAAUGCAGGCUCUAUUCUUGCUCCGUUUCUGAAAAACAAGUAGCAUGCAAGCAACCAGCCAUGGCUGUCCUUCAGGAUUGCCGUCUCUGGAGGGCAAGUAACUCAGGUUUUAGCAGAUAGGAUCUUGUUUCAUAAACAAGAGUUAAAAGUUAAAAUAUAAUAAAAAUCACAAGUUUUGCUUUUUUUACCUUGGCUAUGAUGAAUGACAUAGUUUUAGAUAAUUUUUAAACUUUAGAUUACUUUGCCCGAACCAUGACUUUUAGCUCCUUCACGGAUCCAGCUAGCAGUUCCAAGACAUUUCAUCUUGUGUGAAUCUUAGUAUGGCUUUCCACAAGCCUGCCAUGGAGGAUCUUCUCAGUCACAGAAGUCUCUCUUCUUCAUUUUUAGCCUUGGGAGAAUUCCUGGCCUAAAUCUGUGUCCUAGUCAUCAGGACGAAGCUCUCCGGCUUCAAGAUGAGAUUCUGAAAUCCAGUAAAUAAGGCAUGUAGCAUGUUUGCUGUAAAUAAAAAGACAAACUCGGGUCCUAGUUUGACUAUUCCAGCCAAGCAAAACCAAACCAUAGCUCUGUCUAAAACCUUUGCAGUGUAAUAGCCUGAAUUGAUCUAGAGUGACUCCAGAACAGGAUUCUUAAAACAGUACUUUAAAGAAAAACUCCAUUGAGCAUCCCCAACUGUGCCAAAAAUUAACUAGAAGAUCACUGAAUGGGCAUACCUGUGCUAUCUGCUGUGGUACGGGAGGAAGCUGGCCUCCGGGUGAUCUCUGCUGACCACGGGGAUCGAUCCUGGACAGAGCCCCAUCUUCCUCCAGCCCCAGGCUUGACGCCUGGGUGAGCAGUGUCCCAUGAGCAUAAAACUCAAAUCUGAAUGGGGGAAAAGAACUGCAUUAUCAGCUGGCAUCUAUAUAGUACUUUAAGGUUCUCAAAGAUUUACAAAUAUUACCUCGCUUAAUCCUCACAUCAUCCCUGUAAGGUAACUGUUAACUUCAUUUUAUAGAGGAAGAACCUGAGACAUAUUAAUUGUUUAAACAGGGUUAUACAGCUAGUAUAUACGUCUAAGACAGGAUUUGAACUCGGGUCUCCCUAACUCUAGGCCCAGCACUAUAUCAGUAAGCUAUCAAGAAAGCUUUUAAUUUAAUUAAGAUUGAUGUUCCUAAUUUAUCUUAGGGAUAAUAUUUAUGAUAUAAUAUUUAUGAAAUUGGGUGGUGUGUCUUGAAUAUCCCUGAUUUCCUGUUGAUAAUCCAGGAAUUUGUUUGAAUCACAUUUAAGUCUUUUUUAAUUGGUUGAUAGCUUUUAAUCACAUCACCUACAUUUUCUGCAGUAUCCCUGUAACACUCUGUUUUCUUAUGUUUCAUUUUUUUCAUAGGAAUUUGAAUAGAAUCAAAGUAUUGUCAUUAAUGCUAUUGUUUAUAAAAUAAUGCACUCAAAGGUCAUUCUAGAUCUGAGCUUAUACUUGGUUCAAAAAACACUAGCUUAUUUUAGGGGUCCUUAGAGAUGCAAGUUCGUUAAGUCUUAGAAAGUCAUUGAAGGAAGAAAGGAAGCAGCUUUUUAUGGCACAGCAUUGGUAUUUCCUAAUGGUGGUUUCCAGUUCUGAUAGAACUAAAAGGAAUAAAGUUCAAGUUUCCUAAAAAACAUCCUGGGAUCAGGAGCAUAUUUCACCCUUCCAGCCUGGUCAGAACUUGAAAUAAAUUUGGGGAACAAGAGGCUUAAACUUAGACCCUUUAGCACUUCUCAAAAACUACCCCAAAUGUGUGGCCAUGGGAAACCCCUUCUCGGGACCCCGAGUCACUACAAUCAUGUUCUUGCCUUCACUUGUGAAGAAUGAAUUGUGGCUGCAAGUAGCAUUGGGAAGCCUUGACUAAGAAGAGGCAAGAACUAUUCAGUCAUAACCUCUGCUGUUCUGUCCAGAGAAGAAAUGGACUUCCAUCAUUUGGGGGUUAGCUGAGAUGCAGAAACAGCCCCCCGAUACAACUUUUUCUCCUCACCCUUCACCCCUCCACCUCCAUCUCUUCUCAAAUCCAAGGCCACAAUGGAGCAAAAAUUCUGUUACUCAGAUCUCAGGGAAAAACUCUGCCAUCUCACACAGUACCCAAUGGAAAGUCCUAAAUGUGUCCAUUUAGGGACUCUGUGUAAAGCUUGCAAAACCCUUUCAAGUCUUAACCCAGCUGGAAUGAACCUCUUAUUGUGAUGUUUCUAGAACAUCAGCACACACUAUGUACCAGGCACAUUAGCCAAGCUCAUUAUCUCAGGAUGUUGCUAACUGUAUAGCAGAACCGUGGGUGUCCUCAAGGACUGAGCUUCCUGUUUGAAUGAUGGAAAUAAUAACAGUUAUAUCCAUAGGGCAAUGAGUAUUAAUGAAUGUCACACGUCCAUUUAGGGAGGGGGGGAAAGAAGCCUUUUUUCCCCCUUUUUUAAACAAAACUUUACUGAAAGAUGGAGUGGGAAUAAUGUGACUAUAUGUGGGGAUCUGUUUGUCAUAUUGCUGGAUUAGUGCUUUGGUUUUUUUCAUGAUUGUAUAAUUCAGAUAUGGAUACACUGAGAAGAGUUUUCAUAUGUACGUUGUUCACUAAUGGUAAUUUUGAAUACAGACUUAAUAAAUUGAAUUCUAUUUUAUCAAAA